AUGCCUCUCGUUGUGCAGAACCUCCAGCCCCGGGUGAUCCUCGGGUUGAUGACCUUUGGACCCAGUACGGAUAAAGGUGCCCGCAUCACCUCGCUUGACGAGUACAACCGCUGCCUCGACCACUUCCAGCAGCAAGGUUUCAACGAGGUCGAUACCGCGCGCAUCUACGUGGGCGGAGAACAGGAGGCCUUUACUGCCAAGGCAAACUGGAAAGAGCGAGGCCUGACUCUCGCCACGAAAUGGUACCCGGACGACCCCGGUGCGCACAAGCCUGCCGUCCUUCGCGAGAAGCUCGAGCUGUCUCUUAAGGAGUUGAACACCAAUCAGGUUGAUAUCUUCUAUCUCCAUGCCCCGGAUCGCUCGGUCCCCUUUUCUGAGACCCUCGAGGCUGUCAAUGAGCUUCACAAAGAGGGCAAGUUUGUCCAGUUGGGUCUGAGUAACUACACGGCCUUUGAGGUCGCCGAGAUUGUUACUCUCUGUGCUCAGCGCGGCUGGGUGCGCCCUACUAUCUACCAGGGCAUGUAUAAUGCUAUUACUCGCAACAUUGAGGUUGAACUGAUCCCUGCCUGCCGACGCUACGGUCUUGAUAUUGUUAUCUACAACCCUCUUGCUGGCGGUCUUUUCUCUGGCAAAUAUAAGACCCACGAGGUGCCUGCCGAAGGACGAUACAGCGAUGCUAGCACCGCGGGUGCCCGUUAUCGCCAGCGCUACUUCAAGGAUGCGAACUUUGAUGCUCUCAAGAUAAUUGAGCCGGUCGUGGAGAAGCACGGUCUGACUCUAGUAGAGACUGCGUUGCGCUGGGUACGCCACCACUCGGCUCUCAAUAUCGACAACGGUGGGCGGGAUGGUAUCUUGAUCGGAGUUAGCAGCUUCGGCCAGCUCGAGACCAAUCUGCGGGAUCUGCAGAAGGGACCACUUCCAGAGGAGGUGGUGCAGGUUCUUGACGAGGCGUGGUUGAUUGCAAAGCCUACUUCUACGAACUAUUGGCACUUGGACUUGAAGUACACCUACGACACCCAGGAGGCCCUGUUCAAGCCCAAGUCGAAGGCCUGA